CGAACCAAAACAAACGUUUCACCGUGCUGCUCGUGUAGACCCGUCUGUGCGGCCACAAAGUCCCGGAUGCGGCCACUUUCGGCAGGAUGCGCAAAACGUGGGUUAAGCGCGACAACAUAUACUAUAAACCGUUCUACAAGCAGAAGCUCAAGCUCACGCUGAUCGGUGUGCUCGGACUGGGUAUCCUGUUCUUCGUCUACCAGCUGGUCUACAUCAGUCAGUUUCUGCCAUCGUCGUCGUCGUUGUCGUUGUCGUUGUCGUCGUCGGGGUCAUCGGGGUCGGCCUUGCUGGCCGCCCAGAUGCGGCCCCCGCUCCACGCAAAUAGUAAUAAUCCCGUUGCUUCGGCAGAACUGGGAGCGGACGGCGGCAGCCCACCAUCAGCAACACCGUUGGCGGCGAACGGGGGGCUACACGGCAGUAGUAAUUCGGACACCGGGCAGCACCAGUACGCCUACGUCGAACGGAUCGGGAACCACGAGCGUAUGAUCCUGCGGUAAGUGACAUCGCACCCCUCCCUUGCGCGCCGACCACCAUACAUCGAGAACACAUUUCCUUCCGUUCUUACAGUGGCAUCCGGCUGCGAGAUCUGGAUCACUACACGGAGCCUGCGUCCGUGUC